ACAAAACAGAAAAUAACAUUCCUACUUCGACAGCUCCUGAUUUUAGCAGUGCAUGUCUAUAUAACACAAUAUUGUCCCCAAAAUUGUUAUUCGCAUAAUUUGUGAUUUUGAAAUGCCCUGACUAACUUGUUCCACGCAGACGUUCGGGCAAUUUUUCUGUGGAGUGAACAAGUAGUGCCAAGUUUUUUGCUAAGCAGCGAACAGGUUUUUUGAGCGCAGUCGCAAGACACUUUUAUGAGUCCUAAAUGGGUAAUAAGAGACCCCAAUAACCAAUUUUCAUUCCGCCAGUAUUAACUUCAUUCAAAUUGUCAUGGAAAUCCAAUGAAAACGACGAAAAAUCCCAUCAGAGAUAAAUUCUUAUGGUGGCAAACAGUUGGUGUACUGUUGCUCCAGGGAUGGCAUUGCCACCCCAUGCCACCCUUUGGCUACGGGCCUGGAGGACAUCUGCUCUACACCGUGACACCCCAUAGCGCCACCCCUGCUUAAGAUCAAGAAAUUGCUAUUGUAGCAUUUUUUCGGUCAAUUCAAGUGGUAUGGCCAAUUCAAUUCUUAUUGUAAAUUGCCCCUUUAAGUUGUUGUCCGACAUCACUUUCUCAAGGCUUGGACACCAAACAAGCUAGAGAUCGUCUUGUAAGCCAAUGGUCAAUUGAUGACAACACAUUGAUGAAUGGUGAUUCAUAACACUAAACUUUCACCUAGUUGGUCUAUUUUAUGGUACUUUGGUCCAAAGAAAGAGACAUUUUUGUGCCAAACUGUAACAUUGUUCGAAGCAGUUGGUAGUUGGUAUGGGAAGGUGACACAAUGAAGUUAGUUUUAAAGCAGGAACGCCGGAGCCCGAGAAGGGCCGAAGGGGGAUGUAGCGCCCUCCCUACAAUUUUUUUUGAAUUUUUGCUGAAGUUUGUUAUCAAGGUUGUGGCACCAAAGAUAAUAGAGGGAAACUACUAUAAACUAUCAUAAGCCCCUGGGAGAUUCGAGGAUUUACGGUGUAGAUUAGUAGAUUAGUAGAUACCGAGAAACAAUAACUCUGAGGAGCAAUCCCAGGAUGCAGUGCUAAACGACGAUUUCAAUUGGCGCCAUUUCAUAAAAAUAAUUCAGAAUGUGAUUGAAAAAAAGUUUAUUUGAUUUAUGAAUAUGGCGUUGUUAUUGGAAGUUGUUAAUGAUCUUAUAUAAUUAAAGCUGUUACAAACCGUGAUGAUUACGAAGAAAAUUGGCAAUGCCAGGUGCAGAGUAGAACACACCUAACUGUAUGCUCAGUUGGCUGACAGUUUCAAGGAAUAACUAGCUAGGCCAUCCUCUGACCAAGGAAGAUCAUAUUGGCACCAAGAGGGAUGGAGGCGUCUUCAGUGAGCAAAAAGCCCCCGCGAAAUUUUUCCAAGCAGAAGUCAUGUGGUAAUAUUCUCCAGCAGUACCAAACCAGCGAAAAAAGCGAAACGAAAAGACGUGUUUGUGUGACACCAAAUUCAAAAACACCAGUCACUCGUCGACUGCAAAGCACAACAAAUACAUUCGGAUCCAGAUUAGAUCUUAAAAAGUCUCCAAAAAGCAAUACUGAUGGUUCCAGAAAGCUCAUAAGAUCUGGCUCUAGGAAGACACCUUCGUGUCCCAAAAGUGGAACACCCGCACUCAUUACUCCACGUUGUACCCCGGUUUCUACAAAGACUCCACUUGGAUUAUUUAAAGGUAAAACCAAACGAGACUCAGAGAAAAGAAAAGAGUUUAGACCAAAGAAAAGACUGGCUGUUGCGAAUGAAAGUGAUACUUAUUUCACAGAUCAAGAAAGUUAUGAAGGAGACUGCAAACAUGUUCCUGUCGCUGAAAUAAAACCAAUGCCCAUUUCAAACAAUCUAUGUGAAAGUGACUUUAAAAUGGGCGAUUGUACUCCUGAUGACAGCUUCAACAGAGUGAAAUCAGGAGACAAUUUUUCAGCUAAAGAAAUAUCUGUUAAUACAGGGAAGAGGAAUUUUGAUGCCUGUGUUGAUUCUGGAAACUUUUCGGUUUUUGUAGCUGUCAGAGUUCGACCAUUUUCAGAGAGAGAAGAACAAAAUACAGAUGUGUCAUGUGUAGUCGAAGUGCAUGAAAAUUCAAUUUGUGUCACAGAAACCAAUGGAAACCCUCAUCACUUCACGUAUGACAUGUCAUUUUGGUCAUUUGGUACAACUGACCAAAGCUAUGCCAGUCAAGAGAAAGUAUACACUGCAACAGCCAAACCUUUGUUGGAAGGAGUUAUACAGGGUUACAACACUUGUUUAUUUGCAUAUGGCCAGACUGGUUCUGGGAAAUCCUACACAAUGACUGGAUAUGAUGGAGAUGAAGCUGGGGUUAUACCAAGGUUCUGCGAGGAACUGUUCAAAGAAAUUCAUUCAGACAGGAAGAAACAUUUCAGUGUGGAAAUAAGCUUCUUUGAAAUCUAUAAUGAAAAAAUCCGGGACUUGUUGACCUAUUCUCCAGAAAGCACAAAACAGUUACGGAUCAGGGAGCAUCCUGAACAGGGACCCUAUGUACAAGACCUGUCUGUGUUCACAGUCACGGGCUGGGAAGACAUCGAGGGUUGGCUUGCAGUUGGCAAUAGGAACAGAGCAACGGCGGCAACUGGAAUGAACGACAGAAGCAGCAGAUCUCAUUCUGUUUUCACUAUCCUUUUGAAUCAAUCAGAGACUGGUUUCUUUGAAGACACGGAAACGCAUUUAUCAAAAUCCUGCAAGGUAAACCUGAUCGACCUUGCUGGCAGUGAAAGAGCCAAUCAGGUUAUAAACGAGGAACUGGCUGCAGAUUACGAAGCUGCAAAUAAUCGCCUCAAGGAAGGAAGCUGCAUCAAUCGAUCGCUGCAUACUCUUGGCAAAGUAAUUUCCCUGCUUUCAGAGAAACAAACUGGUCCAAAAAAGAAGAUUUUUAUACCUUACAGAGAAUCGACUUUAACAUGGCUACUGAGAGAAAGUCUUGGAGGAAAUUCAAGAACCGCUAUGAUUGCAACAAUCAGCCCUGCCAGUAUUCAUAUAUCCGAAACAUUAAGCACAUUGAGGUACGCUAGACAGGCUCGAAACAUUGUGAACCAAGCGAGAGUGAAUGAGGACAAAAAUGCUAAAACGAUCAGAGAACUCCUUCGUGAGAUAGAGCGCUUAAAAGAUUCAAAGACAGAUGCCAAAGAAGAUAUUAUGGAACCUACCACCGAGGAGGUUGAGAUUUUGAAGUCAAAACUAGUUGAAGCAAAUGAAAUUCUUUCACGAACAGCCAGAGAAUGGGAAAGCAAGUUGCAACUUUCUGAGCUUCGUUGGAAAGAAGAAACUGAAAGAAUUAAGCAAUCCGGCUUGGUCUCGCAUGUGAGCAACAGUUCCCCAAGCUUGGUCAAUCUGAACGAAGACCCGAUGCUAACAGAGAUCCUCGUCUAUGUUUUAAAAGAUGGCCAAACGACAUUUGGGAAUUCAUCCUCGCAAGAAAGCUACGAUAUAAAGUUGAACGGUCCAUUGGUUGCUGAUUUUCAUUGCUGCAUUAUCAAUGAGAACAAACAAGUUAAUAUAUCGCCUACAGGAGACGCUCCGGUCUAUGUGAAUGGAGAGCAAAUUUCAUCAAGUGCUACACUGAAACAUGGCGAUCGUAUUGUUAUUGGAGGCUCCCACUUUUUCAGAUUUAAUAACCCCAGUUUGGUGACAGACCCUCCGAAAAAAUUGGCAAGAAAACCUUCGAAACGUGAACUGAGAAGAAAAUGGGAUGGAUUAAAACUGAAAGAUUUUGAAUUUGCAAAAAGAGAGCUGACACAGCAACAGAAUGCAAGGCUAGAGGCUGAGUUAGAAGAGUCUCAAGUUAAAGCACAGGAAGACCUGAUCGAUGUUAUUGCGAGUGCGAAGGAAAAUGCAGAAAGACAGUUAUCACUUCAAAGAGAGGCUUACAAAGAUGAGAUUGCAGAUUUGCAGAACCGCCUUGAAGAGGCUGAGUGUAAGAGAAGAAUCGCAGAGAAAGAUCGACAUCUUGCUGAAGAUCAAAUACUUCAACUCAAGUCCCAUAAGCAGGCGUUGGAAGAAGAAGUUCAAAACAGCAGAAGAAGACUGCAUGAGGAAGCCCUAACUGCAAAACAGGCUUUUGAGGAGACACGUGCUAAUCAGCUAACAAUCAUUGCGGAACUUGAAAAGGAGAAGAAAAGAAUCGAGGACGAUGUUCACAAUUUGAAGAGCAAAAAGUUCCAACGAAAUUUGGUUAGAAACGAGAUUAGAACGGCGUUGACUACAUGUCACAAAGUUGGAGAUGGGAAGAAAGAUUUAUUAAAGAUUGCCCUUCUGCUCAGAGAAGCAAACAAAAUAAGUGAAAAACUCCAGAAAGACAUUACUUUCAGUAGGGACGAUAUUUUGGAGGGUGACAAGGUUGAGAUAAGAAUACGACUGAAUGACACAAAGCAUGGUCGAACAACGCUCUGGUCUUUAGACAAAUUUGAUUUUAUGGUUGGCAAGAUGAGAGAUUUGUAUCAGGCAAAUGGGGUAUUAGAAGAAGGUGAAGACGACCCAUUUUACGAUUCUUUAGAUGAGUGGCUGGACGAUUUUACUUUAGACUCUCCAACUACACCUCAACCAAAUUUAAACAGCACAAGAUUAUCCAUUGGAAGGAGAGUGUCCCUGAACCAUUCAUUGCAUCUGCUGACUAACCUCAAUGCGUCAUUAUCUGAGUUAUCAAAGAGAAGACAAUCUUCUAUUAGUGGAUCCACAUUUCAAGAUGGAGCUUUGCCUUCUGCCUGUUUUGAGAAUAUAAAAAACCUUAUCGAUGUGGAAAAGGCAACUCAAGGAUGCUCAACUACAAAGCAUAUGUUGUCGCUGUUAUUCGAAAUUCGUGCAGCUAUCGCAACAUUACAGAGAUCUAAAGUAGCCAACAACCGGGUCGCAAAGGAGACCUUUAAUGUUGCUAUGCUAUUGGCUAAGCUGAAGGAAUGUGGAGAGUCAUGGGCUCGCAUGCAUAAAGUAAUCAACUACACCUCGAUAGAGAUGUAUGUGAGCAGCUUGGACAGCCGUAUUUGCAAGCUUAUUGCUGAGUGCAGUUCUGUUUUUCAAACUACAAAGAUUCCCUACCAAUUUCCUGAAAGAAUCUUACAUGCUCUAGCAGACGUAGUGAAAAGCGUUGGUGAAUUAUCUCUGUUAUCUGCCGAUUGCUUUGAAGAUUCAUUAACAACAAUUCUCCCUCCAUGCGAGGACAAGCGCUAUUGUCGUGUAUUUGCUGAAGGACAGCGUUCAAUUUGGCUAAAUAUGAUAAAUGAAUGGUCAAAUGCUUUGGAUAACUCUCUGCAAGAGCUUCGUGGCCUGCAAUUGGACAUGACUGAAAAGCAAACUGACGUUGAUUUAGACGACCUCGUGAAUUUGCUGAAUUCUAAAUCAAUAAUGCUUCAGAACUUCAGAGAAUUUAUGGAUUUCUGUUUUGAAGAAAGAAGUGAAGAUUUGUCUAUUGAGAAAUGCUUGCUGAUUCAGCGCCAUGUUAUAAGAAAUUUUUCAAAACUUUUGGACAAAACAAAAUGUUUUGUUCUUAGAACGCUUGAAGUUGCGUCUACUAAAGGUACCUCAUCACUACGUGACCAACUGAAAUGCAUAUCCCAAUGCUGCAAAGAUAUAAUUAUCUGCUUUAAAUUAUUGGUUGAACAAUUAUCAUGCUCAGAUGAUGCAAUUCUUUCGAUCAAAGACACUUUUGAGAAGUUGGAAUUUGCCAUGAAAGCGGUUCAAGUUGGCGUUGCAAUAAUUUCACAGCAUUUCGAAGAACUUUGUUUUCCGCAUGGAGACUACUCUGUCUGUCUUGAAGAAGACAUUGAAAAUAAUGAUUUUAAACUUUGCAAUGAAGCAGUUAUCUGUCCUUUGUCUUAAAGUGAAAGGACAAAUUUAUCUGCAACAGAAAACAACCGAAAUUGUGACUCUUUAAAAUAAAGAUACAUGUAUUAUAAUUGUCGAUUUUUACAAUGGGUUUGUCAACUUUUUUUCAACCGUUCUAAA